AAGUGUAUUACUCAACUUGCAGACGCAAUCCGGUUUCGAAUAAAUAUACUUGUUGUUACUUUUAUUUUUUUAUUGGCGUCAAAUGCUCAUCUAAAAUUGGAAACAUAACUGCAUAACGAUACAGCACAGGAGCAAUUAUACCGUCAACAAUGCACUAUGGAAAAUGAGAACGCGUAUUGCGUCAAGGAGUACAUCUAACUCAUCUUACAUCUUACUUACUAGUGUUUACUGAAAACCCAAAAAACGGAACUCGUAAAUAGGAUGCUGAGUUGAAACUGAUUAAAGAGAAUUUCGUGUUGCAUCGAAGCCGCUGCCAGCGGCUUGAACCUUGUCAAGGUAGUGUAACUGGGGCAAACAGUUGUUAUACAAUUUAUAGUUGAACUUUGUAUUGUAACGAUUUAAAGUUGCGAUUGGUGAUUUGUCUCUUCGCUCUAUGAGAGAUGGAAAAGAAUUACAUUGCUGUAAAUGCUCGACAAGCUACUGAUUAUGAUCAUGUGGCAGAAGGGACAAGUGCGAUCCGUUCUGCUCCAAAUCUGAGCAAGCCAAAACGUCCUGCAGACACUCGGCUUUACAACCCCAGCUUUCUAAACGUGAAUAAACCUCAUUUGGAUGUACAUGAAAAUAGCUCGACACUUCAUCCGAAUAACGAACCUACGUCUCAGGCUGAUGAAACUCAUUCAGAUGACACAUUAAACCAAAAUCAGCCACUGACCAAGAAAAAUGGCUCUAGUGCGACAAUUCUUCCGCCAGAUGGCGGUUGGGGAUGGGUCGUCUGCUUUGCUUCAUUACUCAUCGUACUUAUAAUAGAUGGCGUUCUUUUCUCAUUUGGAGUGUUUUUCUUGGAUCUUUUGGAAAGUUUCAAAGAAAGUAGGGCCAAGACUGCCUGGGUCGGAUCAACAGUAAUGGGAGUCCAUAUGGCGGUGGGCCCCGUGGUGAGCGUAAUGGUUAACAAGUACGGUUGUCGGAUUGUCACAAUUACCGGGGCGCUCAUCUCAACAUUUGGUAUUGGAGUUAGCAUCAUCUCUCCCAACGUCGACGUUCUUAUUCUCACAUAUGGAUUCCUUGGAGGCUUUGGUUUCUCCAUGAUGUUUAUACCAGCGAUAUUGAUGGUGAACUUUUACUUUGACAAUAAAAGAGCUUUUGCUAAUGGAAUGGCGAUGUGUGGCUCUGGCUUGGGGAUGUUCGUCUUCGCCAACCUCUGUAAUGCCCUCACCGACGCUUACGACUGGCGCGGCAGUACGCUCAUCAUCGCUGGGAUUGUUCUUAAUUGCGCUGUCUGCGGUUCGAUGUAUAGACCCAUUGUAGAGAGUUAUGGUUCCACACGCGGUAGCAAAGAGUCAUUGGAUUAUAAGGCGCCUAAAAAGACAUUCUCAGAAAGAAUAUGUAUCUGUUGUAAACCCAGCAGACGAUAUACCGAAGAACAAGUGACGACAUCUAUAAAUGAACUUCACAAGAAUGUGGAUGAAAAUGAAGAAGAAAUGAGAGCACGAAGUGCAUCGAUGUCUAAUCGUAAAUGUAAAGACGUUUCCUUGGAUAUGCGACCCGGUAAUAAACCACUAUUGGAUCCUAGAAUCGUGUCCAUCAAGGUGACAGACUUUUCCCAAAAGCAACAAGGUUCUUCGGUGAACGGGAUCAAUACUCCGAACUGGAUGUUGGAAAACACUGGUGCUAAUAUUACCCAGUCGUUCACAGAUAUCCGAAGUCUACAAAGACGCCAUCGCAAAAACUGCCAACAACAGGCUCAUACCCCGCUUAAGCUUGCAAUGUCACCGUUAUAUAGGAAAGAUAUAUUUUACAGCGGGAAUAUUUUAAAAUUACCCGAGUUUCAAUCGAGGGGAGACCUCAGGUCUUAUACCAAGAGCGUCAUGCGAAAACCCAGCUUGGCCGAAGAGGAUGGGCAACUGAGCGUGGAGGAAAUGGAUAAGAAUUUACCAAAGAGGAUCGCUAACAUGUGCCGGUCCAUCGAUCUCAAGAUGUUUAUGGAUCCGCUGUAUCUCAUCUUUACACUCAGUUCCGUCUUCUGGACAGCCCAAUCUACUGUGAUGAACUUCAUUCCGGAGUACGUCGUCUUACAGGGCCUCACUAAAGAGAACGCGGCAAUGUUGGUGUCAACCGUCGGAAUAACGAACGUGUUAGGGAGGCUUACGACCGGUUGGUUGUGUGACCGGCCGCAUAUGGAUUGUAAAGUCAUCAACGCCACGGCUCUCAUUUGUGGCGGUUUCAGCAUGGUGAUUCUGCCUUUCACUGCCAACUAUGCUUUCCUCAUCUGUCUCUGCGCCGUAUUUGGAUUCUGUAUGGGUACAUGGGUAGCACUUCGUCCUAUAUGUCUGGUAGACUUAUUUGGUAUUGAGAAGUUGACCAAUAGUCUCGGGAUCCUGGUGAUGUUCCAGGGCGCCGCAUUUACAAUUGGACCUCCCAUAGCCGGCUGGCUCUUCGAUUUAACGAACUCUCACCUGACGACGUUCUUGUCUUGUGGUGUCAUUUUCAUCUGUAGUGGACUUCUCUGCGGAUCCUUGAGAUGGCUCAAAAUCAGGCGUAUGAGGAACGAACUUCAGAAUCGCAAAUACAAAUCAGUUGCCUCUGAAGAACUGAUUGAUUUAAAGCAAGAUACAAGCGCUUCAUUAAAAAAUGGACUUGUUGCAAAUGGACAUGCAGGAUACAGUGAUUCUACAGAAAACGGGCAUUAGCAAAUUGAAAUUUACUAGAACAAUAAAACCAGUUGCAAAAUUUAUUUUGGUUGCAAACACUGUGCCAACGUAGAAUAUGGCUAUUCAACUACUUUAUCACAAUUUGUGAAUUGUGAAAAUGAAAGAACCAGUUGCAAAAUUUAUUGAUUUGCGAACACUGUGUGCCAAAGUAAAAUAUAUGUACUUGUCCUAAACAUGGAUUAUGACAUACGAAAUGGCUAUUUAACUAUUUUAUCACAAGUUUGUGAAUUGUGAAAAUGAUCAUCAAAGUCAUUAGAACCAGUUGCAAGCCUAAGUUUAUUAAUUUGUAAACACUGUGCCAACGUAACUA